UAUGAUUCGUUUGAAACACUCUCCUGGGUUUAUUUGUUGUUCGUUUUGCAGAAAUGGGUCUUGGUUGUCAUUGCUGUGUGUGUGGUUCUACAAAUCCUCGCCUUCACUGCCACCAAAUCAACGUUUCUCCAUCCGUUCGGAAUAUCGGACGAUUUAACAGACACUUACAAAGAAAACCCGUACAAUGUCUUGAUUUUUGGAGCAAAAGAGCACUUAUCUCAACGGCUAGACUUCUUGGAAGAGACUGGAGGAGUGUGGAAACACGAAUUUUCUUGUGACGAAGACACCAAAAUGGUGGUCAGUGUUGGCAAGAACAAGACAGACUUCUCAGACCAAGAUGCCGUUGUGUUUAAUAUGGAUGAAGCAGCGGUCGUCCGGGACAUCACAAUGCUGGUAUCCAUGCCGGCGUCUCACAACCAGGCGUGGAUCUAUUACGGAAUGGAACCGGCGGCUCGCUUGCGGUGGCUGUUCAAAGCGGACAGCGGGUCCCUCCCACUGCAUGGAGUCUGGUCCUUCCGCCGCGAUGCCGAAGUGCAGAUGAGAUACGGGUACUUUGUCGCCGGGGAAUCAGCGACCAACGACAGCCAACCAAUGGACCGAUGGCUGCGCGGGAAAACCAAACUCGUGGCGUGGAUAGUGCGAAACUGCUACACAACAUUUUGGCCCAGGUACGAAUACGUGGCCAGCUUGCAAAAACACAUAGCUGUCGACAUCUACGGCGCAUGCGGACCUCUGUUCUGCCCGUUCGAGCCCCGGUCUGAAUGCAUAAAGAUCCUAAAACAGUACAAAUUCUACCUGGCGCUAGAAAGCGCCGAGUGUGACGAUUAUGCCACGGAGAAACUCUGGGAGACCGCGUACACGUACGGGCUUGUCCCCGUCGUAUACGGCGCCCAACGGGAAUUUUACGCCAAAGAGGCGCCUCCAAAUUCCUACAUCUUCGCUGGAGAUUUCAACUCUACCAAACAACUCGCUGACUUUCUGCUUUACUUGGAUCAAAGCCCGAUGCAGUACGCAAAAUACUUUGACUGGCGUCAAACGGGACACAUAGAGUUACCUAAAAUGGCCGACCACUCCCUCUCUCCGGCACUCUUUUGCCCCUUGGUGCCAUUUAUUGACAAAGUUAAAAGUGGUAAAAUCGCAAAACGAACUCUUUUUGAACACCCUUACUACAUCUCCUGUGCUGUUCUUAAGGGUCGCGAUGCAACAUUUCGUCCAAAGUUGCGGUGGAAGUUGCGCCGCUGGAAACCUAGAGGGUAGGCCUACUGAACUGCUCGCGGUGUUUUUAUUUGCAGCACACAUCGUCAAUGGAUCGUGAUUAUUCAGCUACUUCGAUGUUUAUUC